UCUGCAGACAUCUGCCAUGGAGUCAGCCUUCAGCGACAAACAGUACUACGCUCAGCAUUUUGACCCGAAAGGCUAUUUGGAAACGUAUUAUGCCUUCAGCUCCGACAAAGAGGCAGAAAAGGCCUUAACAGUUUUUACUCUGAAAAAUCUGCACAAAGCCUUCGUUCUGGGUGGCCUUAAAGGAGACACCCUGAUUGACAUCGGAAGUGGACCCACCAUCUACCAGUUCCUCUCGGCCUGCGAGUCCUUCCGAGAGAUCAUCGCCACCGAUUUUACCGACCAGAACCGGGAGGAGAUGCAGCGGUGGCUGAGGAAGGAGCCAGGAGCUUUCGACUGGAGCACGAUAGCGAAAUUUGUCUGCGAGCUGGAAGGGGACAGGGAAAGGUGGGCCCAGAAGGAGGAGAAGGUGCGCAGCAGCAUCAAGCGGGUCCUGAAGUGUGACGUGACCCAGCCCAACCCUGUGGCUCCGCUCUCUCUCCCUCCGGCCGACUGCCUCCUCUCCACCUACUGCUUGGAACUGGCUAGCAAAGACCUGCCGGCCUUCCGCUCGGCCUUGAAGAACAUCGGCUCCCUCUUGAAGCCCGGGGGACACCUGGUCUUAGCCACUGCGCUGGAACUCACCUUCUUCCUGAUAGGCCAGUGCCGGUUCGGUUGCCUCUACCUGGAGCAAAAGGCUUUAGAGGAGGCCGUGAAAGAGGCUGGCUUUGACAUCGUGUGGGUGGAGACCACCAAGAUCAGCUUUCCGUUGCCUUUGAUCGACGCUACCGGGGCAGGUUUUGUGGUUGCCCGGAAAUGCUGAAGUGAAACGAGCAGGGGGUCGGGGUGUGGGGAGAGGCAGGAGUGGAAAUUAUGGCUGCGAUCAUAUGUACAAUGAGA